AAUUUAGCGGAACAGUUCCAUGUUUCAAUUUUUUUUUGCAAGUACAAGAAGGAUGAACAAACAGUGUCUGCAAUUUGUAUGUAAGAUUCUUCCAACGGAAGGAGAGCCACGCUGAGACACUUUCCCUUUCACCAAACACAAAAAACAACUACAAAAUUCAGCACUUGUUUGGUGAGUUACAUCUUUUUCUGCUGUAGAUCUUUCUCACCCUAUUUCUGGGUACUCAUUCUUUUCAGCUCAAACUGAAUGCAUAAGCUUAAGCAGAGAACAAUUAUCCAAUGGAUUCUCUAGAUUGGAUCAAUAGCCCAUAAUUCUUCCUUUAUUGGUUUUAUUUGCAUCUUGCUCAUCAACGUAAAGGCCUUUUGUUUUGAGAUUUAUUGUUCUUUCUGUCUAUUAAAAACAAGUGUUGCUGCAAUUUUGGGGUUUGGAAAUUCAUGAGCUUGGGGUAGUGGGAAUGUGCCCACUAUUUGUAAAGUUUUGAUUUUUGUGAAGAAGAAAAUUCAUUGCGGAGAUCUGGGACUUGGUUCAUGUUUUAUGCCCCAUGAGGACUUUCUUCACUGCUGAUUCAUGUAAAGAAGCACACCCAAAUGCCUUAAAUCCACAGUCUUGGCUUCAUAUUGAAAGAGGGAAACUUCCCAAGCUGUCAUCACAUUCCUCUUCUGCCUCAAUAGAAUCCCUAAUCAAGGUUCCACAGCCACCUAUACUGCCAUUCUAUAAACCCAUUGAUUAUGUGGAGGUCUUAGCUCAAAUCCAUGAAGAACUUGAGUCUUGUCCUCCUCAGGAGAGGUCAAAUCUAUUUCUGUUACAAUACCAGGUCUUCAGGGGCCUUGGGGAAGUUAAGUUGAUGCGAAGAAGUCUCCGGGGAGCUUGGCAGAGAGCCAACACUGUUCAUGAGAAGAUUAUCUUUGGGGCGUGGUUGAAGUAUGAAAAGCAAGGGGAAGAACUAAUAGCUGACUUGCUAAGCACUUGUGGUAAAUGUGCAAAGGAGUUUGGGCCUGUAGAUGUUGCAUCUCAUCUUCAGUUUGAUAGAAACGUAAGUUCCCAGGAGGGAAUUUUGACCAACAAGAGCGAUGUGUCGCAAUAUGUAAUAUUCACAAUCGAAAAUGAGAAGAUAGUUUGUGAUAGACAAAAGAUUUCUGAACUUUCAGUACCAUUCCAUGCAAUGCUAAAAGGGUAUUUCAGUGAAUCACUGUCAGAUACUAUAGAUUUGUCCGAAAACAAUAUAUCUAUUUCGGGUAUGAGGGCAAUAAGUUAUUUUAGUUUGGCUGGAAGUUUACCUGAGCUUCCUCCAAAUCUUUUGUUGGAGAUAUUAGUUUUUGCAAAUAAGUAUUGUUGUGAAAGACUCAAAGAUGCUUGUGAUAGAAGACUUGCAUCUUUAGUUUCCUCCAAAGAAGAUGCUGUGGAGCUCAUGGAAUAUGCUCUUGAUGAAAACUCUGUCAUCCUUGCUGCUUCUUGUCUACAAGUCCUCUUACGUGAUCUUCCAAACUGUUUGAAUGACAAUCGUGUGGUGGAUAUAUUUAUUCAUGCUAAUAGGCAGCAGCUUGAAGUCAUGGUUGGGCCAGGAUUGUUUGCAUUAUUCUGCUUCUUAAGUGAAGUUUCUAUGAACCUUAAUUCUAGUUCAGACACAACAGCUCAUCUCCUUGAAAGGUUAGUUGAUUUCUCUGAAAAUGACAAGCAGAGAUUGCUCGCAUUUCAUCAGUUAGGAUGUGUAAGAUUCUUGAGGAAAGAAUAUGAUGAAGCGCGUGGUUUGUUUGAGGGGGCUGUAAAAGUAGGCCAUAUGUAUUCCAUUGCAGGUUUAGCUAGACUGGACUAUUUAAAGGGCGAGAAGCUUUUAUCUUAUGAGAAGCUCAGCUCAGUGAUUGCCUCGGUUACUCCACUCGGAUGGAUGUACCAGGAGAGAUCACUAUAUUGUGAUGGUGAUAUAAGGUGGGAGGACCUUGAGAAAGCAACUGAUCUAGACCCUACUCUUAUAUAUCCUUAUAUGUAUAGGGCUGCCAGUUUAAUGAGGACACAGAAUGCUCAAGCCGCACUAGAAGAAAUCAAUCGGAUUCUUGGGUUCAAACUUUCAUUAGAAUGCCUGGAACUUCGUUUCUUUAUUUAUCUGACUCGUGAGGACUACAAAGCAGCUCUUUGUGAUAUCCAAGCUAUUCUUACUCUGCGUCCGGACUAUAGAAUGUUCGAGGGACGUGUUGCUGCAUCCCAACUCUGUACUCUGGUGCGUGAGCAUGUUGAACCUUGGACAACAGCAGACUGUUGGGCACGGUUAUACGAUUGUUGGUCCGCAGUUGAUGAUAUUGGAUCUCUAUCUGUUAUCUACCAGAUGCUCGAAUCUGAUGCAGCGAAAGGUGUUUUAUACUUCAGACAGUCAUUGCUUCUCUUGAGGCUGAACUGUCCUGAGGCAGCCAUGCGGAGUUUACAAUUAGCUCGGCAACACGCAUCAAGUGAGCAUGAACGGCUCGUAUAUGAGGGGUGGAUCUUGUAUGACACAGGCCAUUAUGAGGAAGGGCUCCAUAAAGCUGAAGAGUCUAUUAGUAUUAAAAGGUCUUUUGAGGCCUUCUUCUUGAAGGCUUAUGCACUGGCCGACUCUAGUCUAGAUUCAUCCUGUUCUGCAACUGUUAUCUCGCUUUUGGAGGAUGCCUUGAAGUGUCCUUCAGAUAACUUGCGCAAAGGUCAGGCACUGAACAAUCUUGGAAGUGUUUUUGUUGACUGUCAGAAGUAUGACUCAGCAGCUGAUUGCUAUAUCAAUGCCCUUAAAAUCCGGCAUACCCGAGCCCAUCAGGGUCUUGCUCGUGUUCAUUAUCUCAAACAAGAUAAGGCUGCUGCCUAUAAAGAGAUGACUGAACUGAUUCAGAAGGCAAAAAACAAUGCAUCUGCCUUCGAGAAGCGGUCAGAAUACUGCGACCGGGAACUUGCACAGGCAGACCUGGAGAUGGUGACUAGAUUAGAUCCACUUCGGGUGUAUCCUUACAGAUACCGUGCUGCUGUGUUGAUGGACAACCGAAAGGAAGACGAAGCGAUCGCUGAACUUUCCAGAGCCAUUGCAUUUAAAGCUGAUUUGCACCUCUUGCAUCUAAGGGCAGCAUUCCAUGAACACAAAGGAGAUGUGUUGGGUGCACUCAGAGAUUGUCGUGCCGCACUCUCUGUGGACCCUAACCACCAAGAAAUGUUGGAACUGCACAGCAGAGUUAAUAGCCAUGAGCCAUGAUGACACAUUUAAAAGAGCGUCAACAACACCCUUUUUUAUGUGUGCGUGUGUGUCUUUUGGGAAAUGAAAACUGUAAUGUAACAUUGGCUUGCAAUGAAUAGUGAUUGGUUUACACACCAUGAAGAAAAAGAGCGGGAAAAAAAUUAAAUGUGUAAAAUUGAAAGUAUAGUUAAAUUAUGUUCCUGUCUAUAGCAAUGAGCAUGUGAAUUCUUACCCAUUUUCUCCUCCAAUUUUGUAAUUGUUGGCCUUCAAUUUCAGAAUAUGUGUGAGUGUGAAGAUGUGUUCUUUAUUUGGAGAUAAUGGGGAGAGAACUUUUUAAAAUUUUAA